AUGUUGAAUCUCCCGUUGGGAUCUCCCGACGGGUCGCAGUGCCUUCCUUCAUUGAGCAUGUGGAACGAAGCUCCCUUCUGCGUGGUGAACAAGCCCAUCUCGACGGUCCAAGACAGGAUAGCAGACCAAGAACACGGAGAGGCCUCAUCCCACUCCAUCGCGCCGCCACACGAUCUCGGCCCCGCUGUGGUGGAUCCCAUCGUCGAUUCGGUCGAAGGCAGCUCUCACGUCGUCAGCCCUGCGAUAGCCGACGAUGACAACGUCUUUCAAAUGUAUCUAUUCAGCACGCCCUACGGUCAACGUGGACGGACGGUCCGAUUCUAUCCAAACGCGGGCGAUGCAGGUGGGGGUGGACCCGUCCGUGUGAUAGUCUUCAACACUGCCCCGAGACGCGGCCGCAGGGAGAAGGAGGGCCGAGCGCUGGCGGCGUCGAAGUGUGCAAUGAUUGAGAGACACAUCGCGCCCUACGAAGAAGAGGUUAUCAAUUUGUUUUUUGAUAAGAUCAACAAGUGCUUUCCUAUCUUUGACGAGAUCCUGUUUCGGCGACUCUUGCUUACUCAGAAAGACAAGAUAUCGCCCUCUCUACUCGCUUUUUUAUAUGGAAUUACCCUGAUAUACUGGAACACCUCCCCGAGCCUCAAGAACGUUCCUCGUCCAGAUCCUUGGCCCCUCUGGAGGCUGGCUGAAGACACUCUUAACGAAGAGUUCAAAUGCACGCCUGGCAUUUCAACCAUUAUGUCAAUCCUUAUCAACCUCUCUACCCGGCCCAGUCUUCUCAAUCUUGGGAAUAGCGCCUUGAUGGGGAUGGCUGUGUCCCUCGCCAAUGCAUUUGGGCUGAAUCGGGACCCUUCGGGAUGGAACCUCUCACUCACAGAGAAGAAGUUUAGAAUACGAAUAUGGAGGAUCGUCCUGAUCUGUGAUCGCUGGUGUAGCUUGGCCUACGGCACCCCGCCUCUGAUAAAUCGAGUCCACCACGACGUCCCGAUUCCCGCCGUCGAGGACCUCUACAAUCCAGGCGCAUCGGCCGACCAAAUCAGCGCCACGCGUCGUUUCGUUGCCCUGGCCACCUUGACUGACGUCCUCGGCGAUUGUUUAGAACUGGUAUACCGCCUCGAGAUGGACCCGUCCAAGAGGGACGCCACUCCACAUGGCCUCGAGAGCCUUUUGACGCAUUGGGAGGACUCUUUGACGGACAACCUCCGUCGCGAGGUUCUCCGCGGCAAGCACCUCGUUGGCCCAGGUGCGGCUAACCUUCGACUGGCGUAUUUGUCGGUCAAACUCCUGAUCCGGCGUCGCCAACUCGACCUAGACAAGACGUCUCGCCAGAUCGGCGAUGUUGACUCGCUGUGCUUCCUACAGGCCCGCAAGGCGGCCGAAGAGGUGGUCGACUUUGUACGAGAGUUGGAGGAGUCGCACUGUCGGGAUUUCUGGAUCCCUUUCAACGCCCACACGCUUACGUCAGCGACCACUUUUCUUCUGAGAAGUGCCCUCUCUUCCAGGGGACCCGUACGGAAUACUUCGUUACAACUGGCGCGGCGCAUGAUCGAGGCACUCGACUCCCAUCGCCGCAACUACGCCUGGGACCUCGCGGACAACUGUCUAGCAAACUGUACCGACUUGAUGGACAAGAUCGAGGCGGCAUGUGCGGAGCCAACGUGCAGCACGGCGGCAUUACAGGAGUCCAUGCCGAUGGACAUGGACAUUGAAGCACUCGAGGACUGGUUCCCAGACUUCCCGAACAGUUAUCCUCUAGACCCUAUGGGCUGA